AUGCGGCGGCGCAAUCUACAGCCUCAGCCUUGUGGCAAGGCUCGUCGCACGGUGGUUGGGUGGAAACCUGUUUUAAGCUUCUUGCAGCUCGGUAGCCUGUUUCUUGUCUGUGAACUGGUGGUUUUCUCCAUCCGUGCUCCGAUCCCCACAGUGCCGCCCAUCAAGGCGUUCACUCCAGGUCCGGCUGACGUCAGUACCAUAGCCGGUGAAAGCGCCUUGUCCAACUGGCCCCGCGCAGGAUCAUGUCGUAAACACCUUGUCGGGGGCAGGUAUGGCGUGGUAGAAAUGCCGGUCCAAUAUCAUGUUGUCCCAUCGCAGAGGGCACGUAUUGGGACUCUGUUCAUUGCAUCUGGAGAUACGGCCGCCGGAGACGACCGGCCCUAG